AUGGAUUUUGACGAUGAUGCCCCGCCAGAGCUGGUCGACACUACCACCGGCGAUGCUCCAGAGGAGAUCACAGUCAAGGUCCCGAUCACUAUUGUGACAGGUUAUUUGGGAGCGGGUAAAACGACAUUGCUGAAUUACAUCCUCACGGCGCAGCACGGCAAGAAGAUUGCCGUGAUUAUGAAUGCGGCUAACAUCCUUAGGGACACCGGAGUGAAUGCCAUCGAGUCGCUGAUGGACAAGAAGGGCGCAUUCGACUACAUCCUUCUUGAGACUACAGGCCUUGCUGACCCUGGGAACCUUGCGCCCCUCUUCUGGGUAGAUGACGGCCUUGGUAGCACGAUAUACCUAGACGGCAUUGUGACCCUGGUGGAUGCGAAGAACAUCCUGCGCAGUCUCGAUGAUCCGAGUGGCAAGGUUGAGGGCCACAACGACCACGAGGGCCACGACGAUCAUGGCCCUCUAAUGACUACUGCUCACGUCCAGAUCUCUCACGCAGAUGUGAUUGUCAUCAACAAGGCCGACAUGGUCACCGAGAGUGAGCUCAGCUCGGUGCGAGCCAGGAUUGAAUCCAUCAACGGGCUGGCAAAAAUCCACGUGACGGAACGGAGUGUGGUGCCGCAGCUGGAGGGCUUCCUACUCGAUUUGCAUGCCUAUGACCAGUUUGAUGAAUCGGAAGCCAGUGCCAAGGGGCACAGUCAUCUUGAUCCUGUGAGUGGCUGGAAAUCGACGGUUCCUGUCGGUCGCCUACGGCCCGGCCAAUUGGACGACGUCGACCGCUGGUUACGGGCCGUGUUGUGGGAUAGCAAACUUCCAGCGGCGGCGGAGGAGAAGACGUUCGAAAUACACCGUUGCAAGGGCCGCCUCGUAUUCGACAACGGAGACGUCAAGAUACUACAGGGCGUCAGAGAGGUCUUUGAGAUAAACGAGGCCCCCGUAAACGUGGACCAGGAGACGCCGGCAGAGGGCAAGAUAAUCUUGAUUGGGAAAAACGUGGCGGGCCAUCAACGUCAGCCUUGGCCCACACCAAAACUUGAUUGGCGAGACCGCUCCCGACCACCUCGUUCCUCCUUCGCCAUAGACCCCGCUGCUUGCCCAAUCCACGAUCCCACGAACAUGUCUCGGACGGUAGGGUCAGUGCCACAAACACUCCGCGGCAUGCCUGGUGGCUUUGGAGGUCAACAACAACCCCAACAACCGGGACGAGUAGGAUCGAACCGUUUACCGAAUGGAAAGCUAGCGAACAAUAGCUCCGGCUGGGCGUUUGGUGGAGGCGUGCCGAUGGGAGCUGCUGGCCUUCAAAAUCCCAACCGUCAACUCGGCGGAAACGUCAGCUUCGCUCAAAGCUUGAGCGGUUCGCAACCAGCAACACCGCUCGACUUGUCGGAAUUCCCUUCAUUAUCGAACAACUCUCAGCUCUCGAGUGCUAAUCAAGCUUCGAUGUGGUCAGGCACUGGGUCCCGAAACCUGGGUGGCCCCAUACAACGCAGCCAGCCGACUCCGCUGUCGUCCCAGCAAGGAGUCCAAGACGACCUCUUCAGUCCCAACUCUUCUCGUAUGUCUUCAGUGCAGGGGUCGUUCCGAUUCGGAACCCAGGGAAGCAUGGGUGUCCAACCAUCUCAGCCGCAAUCUACGAGCAUCGACGACUUCCCUCCACUUAACAGAACCGCCAACGGUGAGAUAGGAUCGGAGCGUGGCGCAAAUCUGAUGUCGUCUCUGGGAUUCGGUCCUCAAACCGGAGCACCAGGGCCUGUGCAGAACAACCGGGGGAAUGGUCUUCUUAACGCUCUUUCGGCCAACAGCCGGGUGAGUGAAGUAAGAUCGCCCCCGGGAGUAGGUGCACCUGGCUUUCCCCGACCGCGAGAUCUCAAGGCUAUUGGCAAUGAAGAGGAAGCGAGACGAACACCGCCAUCAUUCCGAGAGGAGGUUUCGGGGGCGUCUGCGCUUGCAACUGAUGGAGCUUCGCAAGAUCUGGAGAGCCGCCCCCCUUUGGGUCCGGUUGGCACUGAUGAUUCCGUGAAGAAGGUGAAGGACGAGAACGAGAACAGCGCCCCCGAAGUGAUUGACCCUCUUGAGGGUAUGCCUGCGGUGGAUAAGUGGGGGAUCAAGGGGCUGCGAACGUUGAUGAACAACUACCCGGACUACCAUGCAAUGGUUGUGGGCAUGGAUCCUACUUCACUCGGGCUCGACAUGGGAUCUCAAGAGCCUUUCUCGACCCAGAUCUACUCUCUUUUCGACGAUGCGCCUCCGAGACCAACGGCGAAUACUGGGAAGUUCCGGCUGCCUGAUUGUUACAGCGUGACAAAUGUACAGCCGAUUGAGAGCAAGAUCCAGAGCUUCAACGAGGAGACCUUGUUCUGGAUCUUCUACAGCUGCCCAGCAGAUGUCAAGCAACAAAUGGCUGCGGUGGAACUGCACUCUCGAAACUGGCGGUGGCACAAGAAGCUACAAGUGUGGCUCACCAAGGAUGAGCAUAUGACUCCUCAAAUACUGAGCCCAAACCAUGAGCGCGGAUACUACAUCGUGUGGGACACCUCGAAUUGGCGGAAAGAACGAAGGGAGUUCACUCUGCAUUAUGGGGAUCUAGACACGACCCUCAACCAGGCACCUGUUGUGCCAUAA